UUGAGGUGUGACCAGAUUUCAGCCUUCAAAACCAAGAUGAACUGCCCUUGAGAAGGGGUGGUCAGAGUUUAACAUGUUCACGCUCUCCCUCCUGAGCCGGGGCCACGGGAAGCUGGGCCAGGACAAACAGAAGUUGGAAGUCUACUUUGAACCAGAGGAUUACUUGAACUGGAAGUCCCCAGAAGACUAUGUCCUUGCCAGCAAACCUCAAGAUGAGGACAAUGCCAACCAGCACUCCUGGAGCCUCUUUCUCCCUAAAACUUUUAGCACUAGAAAGGGUGCCCUGAUCCUCUACUCAGAAGGUUUAGCCAUUCCGGCAUGGACACACAAACAGAGGGGAAAAGGGCCCUCCCGCCCCAAAGGUUACUGGAGGAAGCUGGAUCUUGAACUGUACACACUUCAAGACCUCAAAGAAGCCAUCCUAGCAUACGGAAGGCAACAGGGGGAGCAGGACAGAGCCUGGCAACCAUACCUCCACUUCCGAAGCCAGCUGGAGAGCCAGGCCCAACGGCAGAUCCAGCCAGGGCAUUCAGCCAAGAGAUACCUCCGAGGCCUUCUGCAGACUUGGCCCCCCGAUGCCAUGUACAGGCUCUGGUGUGCAGGAUACAUCAAGGAUUCUGUGCUGCUCCAGGACAGUCAACUUAAUGUACCAAAGAAGCUCAGGCCACAACAGGAUCUUUCAGGUGUACCCCCAAAAUACCAUCUCCUGCCUGUCUUCCCUUCAUGUUGGAUUCAACAAGGAAAAUAUUUUGAACAAGGUCAACAGGGCCUGGAUGAAGGGGAAGCUGAAGCUGCUGGACACCUGGACCAGGACCCUCUAGCUAAGAACCAGGGCCGUCAGGGGACUCGCUUGCUACCACUCAGGAAGCAGCCCUGGCUGGAAGAUAAAACACAGGCAAAAGACACGUCAAUAGAGAAUCACCUUCGUUUACAUGCUUCAAAGGAAAGCUACAAUGAAAAAACACAGCAAACCUUCAGGAAGGCCUUUGGGCAUGGCCACAUGGAUCACUCUUGGCUCCCGAGUGACAAAUCCCACAUUACCUUCCGUGGAGGCGCCUUCCCCAAAAGGAAGGCAGAUCUCAGUGAUAAACAAAGGGAAGUGAAACUCCACAAGGCCAGAAUCGGCCACUUGUUACAGGAGCUUCCUGCUGAAAGAUGCCUCUUCCCUCCUGUAGUAACUGCCACUGGCUCCGGAAUAAACACCCCUGAAGAAGCAAAGAAGAAGAAGGUUGCACCAAAGGCUUUGAAAUUACCUCCUCUCUCAGAAGAAUCACCCAGAGUCUUGGAGCCCCUGAAGAGCCAAUUUAAAACCAAUGAGCCCCCAACAGAGCUCUUCAUCUUCCCAGUGGAGAUUCAUUACCAUACCCAACACCCACUAGAAGAAAAAGCCCACAGAAGAGGUGCUGUACACCCUGAGUCAGAACCAGAAAUAAGCGAAGAGGCCAGGCCUGUAUGGAAACUGCCCCUGAAGCAUGUGUCCUUAGAAAAGCCAAGGGAGCUAACGGUGCAUCUCCCAGUGGACACAGGAAGGGACUCACUCUCACCUCAAGAUGAUGAUGCCCCGCCCCACAAUGUGACCCCACCACUGGAUCUUCUACCCCCAAUUAAAGGAAAAAAAAGUCCUGCAAGCCAGAAGGGCCUGGACAGCCCUAGGACAUCAGGCCACAGCAGCCCCCCAAGUCUCCCGAACGUGAGAGCACCCGGGAAGGCACUGCCAGCAGGUCAAGAAGAUUCCAGCAACCCCACACUGGGACACUUCUUGCUGGGUCCAGAUGGAGAAAAAGUCUGCGUAUCCCUCCCAGGGCCUACCCAGACCGAGGUGCUUCCAUCCGGUAAAGCCUAUGCAUCAGUCAAUUCAAAUAUCAACCAUGAAGAAGGGUCUAGUACUGAACAUUUCCCUAAAUCAGACACUGAAACUAGAGCCGAUCUUCACAUGAACCUUUAUGAAACCUCACCGUUGACCCAAACAACAGAGAAGCAGGGAGCCCAGCAGUCCUUGGAGGCAGCAGCUCAGAAGACAGGAGAGCCUCAAAGUUGUAUAAAUAAAGGGCUGAUAUGUUCAAACAGAAAAGAAUUUUACACGCGCAAGCUGCACAUCGACAUGACGCCGUUCCUGAAGCAGGAAAGUGGAGAGGCACUGGACUGUCAGGAAGAAGCAGGAAGAUCCCUCAGAGAAACUCAUCAUGACGACCAAGACCCAGAGCCAAGGAGUAUGACCCUUGACUCUCUUGGUGCUUCCCAGACUGAGCACAUCCAGAUCUCAGAUGCAGAUACUGUGCAAAAGGUGGGCAGAGAUUAUGAUGUACACCACCUCCACAGAGGACUUCUGGGACACAGGCCUGAGUCACCAGAGAGGUUGAGUGCUGUGUAUACAUCUCUUCUUCCAAGAGAAAGAGAAGGGAAGGCUGAACCAAGACUAUUUAGCCAGGAGACAGCCAGCAUCGGUCAUGAGAGGGAUCUGAUUGACAAAGCCAAGAGAAAGAACAGACCCAAGACAGACAAAACCAAAGCACUCGAGAGAGAGAGAGAAGGAAAGAUCUACAGGGAAGCAGAGGCUGCCGUCGGAAAAUCAAAGGACUCAAAGGCUAAAAAAAUUUUAGAAAAAAAACCAGGAGCCCAAAGGAAAAGGACACAGAAAGAAAGAAAUCUGGAGAAAGCAGCAGAGCAGAGUGGGCCUGAUGCCAUUCACUCUGAGGAAACAGAAGACACCUCAAAUAGAGGUUCCUUCGCUUCAGACUCCUUUAUAGAGGACCCUUGGCUUUCUCCCAAAUAUGAUGCUCAGGAGACCCAAGUUUCUCUAGAUAGAAGAUCAUCACUCUCCCAGAUUGCAACUGUCUCUGGCAACAUGGAAUCUAAAGAAGAGAGAAGCUGUGAGGACCCUUCCAAAGUCAAGUCUGAUGUCCUCGGCUUGACAGAGGGAGUUCUGUCCUCACUUGGCACAAGUGCAGAGGCCCUCCUCACUAAGAGGGAACAGAAGAAGGCUUCCCAGGACAGGCUUCGAACAGAAAGAGCCGAGAUGAGGCGGCUGGAGGUGGAGAGGAAGAGAAGGGAGCAGGAAGAGCAGAGGCAGCUCCAGCAGGAGCAGCUGGAGAGGGCAAAAAAGAUGGAGGAGGAGCUGGAGCUGGAGCAGCAGAGACGCGCAGAAGAGAGCCGCUUGAGGAAACAGAGACUCCAAGAAGAACAGCAGCGGCAGGAGGAGGAGGAGAGAAAGCAGCAGCUCCGGUUGAAAGCAGCCCAGGAGAGAGCUCGGCAACAGCAAGAGGAGUUUCGGAGGAAGCUACGAGAACUACAGAGAGAAAAGCAGCAGAAGGAAGCUCAGAGGGCCGAGGCAGAGAAGCAAAGGCAAAGGGAAUUGGAAAUGCAGUUAGCAGAAGAACAAAAACGCCUGAUGGAAAUGGCUGAAGAGGAAAGACUGGAGUACCAGCAGCGGAAACAGGAAGCGGAAGAGAAGGCUCGGCUGGAGGCAGAGGAGAGGAGGCAAAAGGAAGAGGAAGCAGCUAGACUGGCUCUGGAAGAAGCCACAAAACAAGCCCAGGAACAGGCCAGGCAAAAAGCUGCUUUGGAGAAACAUCUUCAAUUCCAUCAAGAACUCCGUAAAGAAGCCAGUAGCCUGCAGUGGACACACAACAUUUCCAGACCAUGGGUUUACUCUUAUUUCCAGUUCCUACAAAUACCCAGGCCUUAACGCUAGAAGAAAACUGAAGAGUAAGUUGGGAGGUGGUGACAAAAAGAGAAACUUCCCUUUAUAAUAAAGUUCCAAG